UUUUGGGAUAUCUAAAGCAAUCCCGUUUCGCUGCGCAACACUAUUGAUCCAGGCAUCCUGGAUCGGGAUACGCAUCCGAGAACACACAUUCACACCAUUCCACCAUCAUGACCCCGACCAAAACUUUGUGACAUUUAAAAAAAUCGAACCAAAUAAAAACAAUUAUGAACGAAUCAAUUUAAUGCCGGUGUGAUAUAUCUGUACAAUCAUUGCAAUCAUGAAAUUAGCGUGGGUGCUCCUUAUUAUAUUCCUCUUCCAUUUCGUCGAAUUUUGCUGGUGCAAUCCCGAUGCCAAAAGACUCUACGACGAUCUCCUGAGUAAUUACAAUAGGCUGAUUAGGCCGGUCAGUAAUAACACGGACACGGUUUUAGUUAAGUUAGGUUUGAGAUUAUCGCAGUUGAUCGAAUUGAAUUUAAAAGAUCAAAUCCUUACCACGAACGUAUGGCUAGAGCAUGAAUGGCAAGACCACAAAUUCAUGUGGGAUCCCCAAGAAUACGGGGGAGUCACGGAGCUGUACGUCCCAUCAGAACACAUUUGGCUACCUGAUAUCGUACUAUACAAUAACGCCGAUGGAGAAUACGUAGUGACUACAAUGACGAAAGCUGUGCUAAGGCACACGGGAAAAGUGUUGUGGACUCCUCCUGCGAUCUUCAAGUCUUCCUGCGAAAUAGAUGUAAGGUAUUUCCCGUUCGACCAGCAGACUUGCUUCAUGAAAUUCGGUUCGUGGACAUACGAUGGCAAUCAGAUUGAUUUAAAACAUAUUAAUCAGAAAGUGGGCGAAAAUAAGGUAGAAGUCGGCAUAGAUUUAAGAGAAUAUUAUCCCAGCGUGGAAUGGGACAUCCUGGGCGUCCCCGCCGAAAGACAUGAAAAGUACUAUCCCUGCUGCGCUGAGCCUUAUCCAGACAUAUUCUUCAAUAUAACCCUAAGAAGAAAAACUCUAUUUUACACGGUGAACCUCAUAGUACCGUGCGUCGGCAUUUCCUACCUCUCGGUGCUAGUUUUCUACUUACCAGCCGAUUCCGGCGAAAAAAUAGCCCUCUGCAUCAAUAUCCUGUUAUCCCAAACGAUGUUCUUCCUGCUCAUAUCCGAAAUCAUCCCGAGCACCUCUCUGGCGCUGCCGUUGCUCGGAAAAUACAUAUUAUUCACCAUGGUGAUGGUCGGAUUCUCCGUAGUCAUCACCAUCAUCAUUCUGAACGUGCAUUACCGAAAGCCGAGCACCCACAAAAUGGCGCCGUGGGUGCGGAGCUUCUUCAUAAAGAGCGUACCGAAGCUGCUGUUAAUGAGAGUACCCAAAGACUUGCUCACCGAACUAGCGGCCAAUAAGAUACCGGUAAAUAGAUUGACCAUGAAAAAGAGGGAUUUGGAUGUUAUGCCCAGCAGCAGGUCGUCUUCUUCGACCACUUCUAGCAGCUCUUUGAACAGGGCUAGCGGAUGUAACGGGCUGCAUUCCAGUUCUACAACGGCCAGAUUGCGAGGAUUCGCUGGGACUCUGAGUGAGCGAUUGUGUUACAAUGGGUUGCCCUCGGUAUUUUCUGGAUUGGAUGAAAGCGACUCGGGCACGAGGAAAAAGUACCCGUUCGAACUGGAAAAGGCCAUUCACAAUGUCAUGUUUAUACAACAUCAUAUACAGAGACAAGACCAAUUUAACGCAGAAGACUUAGAUUGGGGCUUCGUAGCCAUGGUUCUGGAUAGACUGUUUCUGUGGAUUUUCUUCAUAAUCUCCAUUACGGGAACCAUUUCGAUCCUUUGCGAAGCCCCCGCUCUGUACGAUGACACCAAACCCAUAGACAUGGAAUUGUCUUCUGUCGCUCAACAGCAAUAUUUACCAGACUUGGAGAACGUGCAAUAAUUUUAAAAUGCACCGUUUUCGCAUUAAGAUAGUUAAUUAAUAGUAGGAAACUUCUCGUUCAAAUUUUACAACCAUCGAUAAAAUACAUUUUCGGAUCGUAAUAACGUAGUUGUAGUCGAUUACAGACUUUGUUUAAUAUUAUGUAUAUUCCAUUUUAUGGAUAUUGUUUUUUUGGAAACUAUUAUAUGGUAAUAAUCAUGGAGAAAAUCUCUGGCAAAUUAUUAUAAAGGAACUAAGCGAAUAAACUAUUGUUAACUU